AUGCAAAGUAAUUUCUUAUGGGGUGGUUCGGAGGAGAAAAGGAAAAUGCAUUGGGUAAGUUGGAAUGAUUUAUGCUUACCGGUGGAGAAGGGUGGCCUCGGGGUUAGAAAUUUGGAAGAUUUCAACAAUGCUCUUCCUUUGAAGUGGAAUUGGAGAAUUUUUGGGGCUUCUAACACUUUAUGGUACCGUAUUUUGAAGGCGAGGUAUGUGGAUGUGAAGUUAAGGGAUACCUUGUGUGUUAAGAACAAAUCAAAGGAUUGGUCAUCUUCGGUGUGGUGGGCGGAUAUUUCUUCGAUGGAGAACAAAAUACCGGCGGAUUUUUUUGCUAACAAUUGUUUUUUCCAUGUAGGUAUUGGCCAUUCAAUUUCUUUUUGGCAUGCUCAUUGGUUGGAAGAUGGAAUUUUAAAGGAUCUUUUACCGUAUUUGUAUAUUGUUUCUGUCUUGCAAGAUGCCUCUAUUGGAGCUAUGGGAGGGUGGAAGGAUGGGUGUUGGACUUGGGGUGACCUUGGUAUCGCUACUGCCACGGAUUUUCUCGCUGCUGCCCCAGUUAGUAACGGUACAGCUGCUGCUCCUAACAGUGACGGUUCAGCCGCUACAACCAACAGUUUUGUGCUGCCGACAGUCCUGGUUACUCCUGGAUCGGCUGCUUCCUUGGCUCAUCUAUUAUCGUUGUUUGAUUUAAAGCUGGAUCAACAGGAUUCGGCCUAUUGGAAGCAUGAGGAUGAUGGAGUAUAUUCUGUUUCUUCUUGCUAUUAUGCCUUGUCUAGAAGAUAUAUUCCUUUUGGUCCGGCAAAUCGUCAUGAUACGGUGUUUGAAGAUAUUUGGAAGGAGGAAGUUCCUCUAAAGGUCAAAGCGUUCGGAUGGAGGAGUUUUCUCAUCAAAAUCCCAACUAAAGACAUGCUUUUGAAUAGAGGUAUCCUUAAUUCCUCUUCUAGUUUAGAUUGUGUUUUUUGUGAGGAAGUAGACGAGACAUUGCUUCAUUCUUUUUCGCUUUGUCACAAUGUCGCUAUUGUUUGGAAGGAGAUGGCCGAAUGGAUAGGAUUGGAUUAUAAUUGUUUUGAUAAUUUUAAGGAGAAUUUAUGGUAUUGGAGCAAUUUUUGUCGCGCAAAGAAGGUCAAAAGAGGAAAUGAGGGAAUUGUUUGGUUAGCCAUUAUUUGGAGCAUUUGGUUGCACAGGAAUGAUAUAGUUUUCAACAUCUCGUCGUGGAAUUCAAGAGAUGUGGAUUCAGAGCUUAGCAAUAUGGGAAGUGGUGAAUAUACUGACUACAAAGGCAAGACAGCAGAUCCAAGAAAGCAUGGUGGAAUAAGAGCUGCUUCCUUUGCAUGUGUUGUAGAGAUAAUGCAAUGUUUGGUCAUCUCGGGCAAUGCAAUGACUCUAGUUAACUACUUUUUAAAGUCAAUGCAUUAUUCAGUUGCUGAUUCUUCAAACAUGGUUACCAAUUUCAUGGGAACGGCUUUUGUGUUGACCCUUAUUUGGGGAUUUAUAAGUGACUCUUACAUAACAAGGUUCACAACAUUUGUACUUUCUAAUGUCUUACAUAUUUUGGGACUACUCAUGCUAACAUACCAAUCACAAAACCCUAAUUUACAACCACCAGAAAACAAAACACCAUCCUAUAUUCAAGCUCUUUUUCUUUACACUGGACUUUAUGCUACAUCCAUAGGAGUUGGGGGAAUUAGAUCUACCUUGGCUGCACAUGGUGCGGAUCAACUUGAUCAAAAUAACAAGAUCCUCAUUUCCUCUUACUUCAGUUGGUAUUUUUUUAGUUUAUGUACUGGAGGUCUUCUGGCAACAAGUGUUAUGGUUUCAAUUGAACAAAAAUAUGGAUGGAGUACAAGUUUUAUGAUAAUGGUUUUUGUUUCAAGUUUGGCAUUGUGCACUUUUGUGUCUGGAUUUUCAUUGUAUAGAUAUAAACGCCCUGCUGGAAGUUCAGUGACUCGAAUCAUUCAGGUGAUUUAUAUUUUUGUACUUGCCGCCUCAAUGAGAAAUAUAAAGGUUUCAACAGUUGGAUGUUUGAAUCGUGAUGUCAUAGAACAAUUGCUUCCUAGAGAGCAAACUCGAGAAAAAUUCAAGUUUCUAAACAAAGCAUUAAUGGAUCAAAAUAUUGAUGUUGCUCAAGUUAAGGAAACAAAAACUUUCCUAGGACUUCUUCCAAUUUUUCUCACGACAAUCAUGAUGAACUGUAGCGUAGCACAAAUCUUAACAUUCUCAGUACAACAAGGAAAUCUUAUGAAUAGAAAACUAUACAAUUUCGAAAUCCCUGCACAAUCUAUAGCCGUUAUACCAAUUAUUAUAUCCCUAACAUUCAUAAUCAUAUUUGAACAAUUCAAACACAUGAACAAAAAUAAAGGCACAACAACAAACAACAAAAUCUAUCAACCACUUUUUAGGAUGGGAAUAGGAUUAGUACUAGUAUCAAUUUCAAUGUUUGUGGCUUCAAUCAUUGAAUUUAAAAGGCUUGAAGCAUUCAAGAAUGGGAAUAUGCUUUCUUUAUUUUGGUUAACAUUCCAAUAUACUCUAUUAGGAUUGUCUGAUACACUUACACUAGGAGGAAUGCUUGAAUUUUUCUACUCAGAAUCACCUGAAAGUAUGAGAAGUAUUUGUACUUCAUUGUCUUGGUGUUCAAGUGCUAUGGGGAUGUUUGUUAGUUCUUUGUUGGUAAGUAUAAGUAAUUCAGUUAGUAGAAGAUUUGGCAUGGAAUGGUUUGGUGGAAAAGAUUUGAAUCAUUCUAGGUUGGACUUUUUUUAUGCUCUUCUUUGUGGGAUAAACUUUUUUAAUUUUUCCAUUUAUGUUUACUUUGCCAAGAGGUACUAAAACU